CUCUUUUUACUCACACGAACACACGCACUGUGAAAGACAAAUACGCUUACAUUCAGAAUACGACUCUUGACACGACAACAAUGACAGAACAAAACACUGACGAAAUAUUGACAGCUGUCGAUAUCGUUGAUCAGCAACGUCAACUUGAACAAGAAGCGCAACAGGUCUUACCGGGCAAGUUUGAAAAGUGUACCUAUGACCAAGGCUAUAUUCGCCAAGCUCUGUAUUCCUGCAAAACGUGCUACCCAGAAGAGAAAGACCUUGCAGGCUUUUGCUAUAGUUGUUCUAUUGCUUGUCAUGCCGACCACGAACUUUUUGAAUUGUUCCCCAAGCGCUGUUUUCGUUGCGACUGUGGCAUUGGACGUGACAACAAUGACAAUGACGUUUCCCGUUGCACCCUUCACGAUAAUAAAGAAAGCAAUGUCAAUAACAAAUAUAACCAUAAUUUUCGAGGCCGGUAUUGCAGAUGCGAUAAAGAUUAUGAUCCAGAUCAAGAAGACGGAACCAUGUACCAGUGCGUCGUUUGUGAAGAUUGGUUUCAUGAUCGAUGUAUUGGCGAGCUGCCAGCUGAUGUUGAAGACUUUGAAAGCUAUGUAUGUCGUGGUUGCACAAAGCAACAUCCAUUCUUGAUUCAAAAGCCCGACAACUGGAUCAGCAUUGGGUUAUCCAAGAAUGAAGAAAAGAUUCAUCGAUGGGUUACCGCUCCUGCUCCUCCUACCACUACUAUUACUAGUAGUAGUGGUAGUGAUACUGCUACUGUUGUAUCGGGUCAAAAGCGCAAGCUGGACCAAGUUGAGAAAGAUGAGAAGAAGGACGACGGGGAAAUUAACAGUGAUAGCAGUGGCAAAAAACAACAACUUGAACAACAAUGUGGUCGAGUGACCUAUGACAACGAGGAAAACGUGGAACUCUUUCUCAAAGAAGGCUGGCGCUCACAUCUAUGUCAAUGCAAAGAGUGUGCCCAUGCAUAUAAAGAUCACAAGAUCGAAUAUCUACUUUCAGAAGAAGAAACGUUCGAACCCGAAGAAGACGAAGAUGCAGGAAAAUCACUGGUCGAUGCAGGUAUGGAGCAUAUCAUGCGUAUGGAUCGUGUACAAGCAAUGGAAAGCAUCAUGGCAUACAAGGCAUUGUCAUCACAAAUCAAAGACUUUUUGCAAACGUUCAAAGAUUCAGGCGAGGUUGUGACUGAAUCACAUAUCCGCCAAUUCUUUGCGGAAAAGCGGUUGGAACUGGCAACCAAAAAGCAGUAAUUGCGGGCAUAGCAGACCAAAAGAGAAGCAGUAAUUAGAGAGACGCGGAAAAUACUGUGUAUCUUUUCUCAUUUUAAUACAAUAUACCAAUACUUCCUCGCUUCGCUCCGUGUCAUUCAACGGAAACGCGUCGCAAGGGGGUUCCCCCC